GGCUGCACACGGACAGCACAAGGAGUUCUAUUAUCUAAUAAGAUUUUGGAAUUAAAGUGCACAAAUGGCUAUUUUAGUUUUGUCUAUUAGGUUGGCGUUUGAAAGCUAUGCUAUUAGGAAAUGGUUUAUUUGCAAGCAUUCGGAAUGUUUGAGCUCUAACUGAACACCUUUAAUUUUCUUUAUAAUAAGAAUGACAUCGAAAAUAUAUCCACGUUGCACAACCGUCUUACUUUUUCGGAAACAGGGGACCGUUAUUACUGCUUAACCGCGACAGGAAAAAGAGGGUUCAGGUCACAUUAUUUUUUUCAAUGGGGCAUCUCAUAUUGUGCUGUUGUGGUGGUAUAUGUGCUUAAACAUCUCAGCUGGUUCCAAUGAGCAGACGCGUCGGAAUCGGGCUGCGCGCAGCCGUGCAGCUCCGCGGCCGGAGUAACUGGAUCCCCAGACUUCCCUUCGAGUCGCAGUAAAGUUCCGAAGACAGAGGGGCGUAGAAACGGGAAACGAAACGCCGAGCUCGGCAUCUUCACGGAGACCCGGUCCUUACUCUUGUGGAUUUACUCGGUUUUAACUGAAAAAGAUGCGCUUUGAAAAGGAAAUAUUCAGUAUAUAAUUGGAUAUAUCUUUUUUCAAACACCGGGCAACAUCUGUCUGUUAUGUUUGACGUUUCUUAAACUUUACGUCUUGUAGCUACACAGUUUUUUUUUUUCCUUCGAAUUUUUUUGACAGACGUGGGCCUACUGCUGGGUAACAUUGGCAAGGAUUUUCAGAACGCAGUUUUUUUUUUGUUUUGUAGAUACAAGCACAAGUUGCCCACAGCUCUCAUUUUCUCUCUGUGGUUUCUUUAGAAUUUCGGGCGUGUUUUGUUGUGAUUUCCUGUAGGGAGUUAUAUGAUGGCCGCUUCUGGAGUGCAGAAGAUUGCUAAGAGCGAUAAGUUGGACGAGGCGCAGGCGCUGGCCAGAAGCUGCGCCGGGAGACCCGACUUUCUGCCGUGCGACGGGCUGUCCAUCUGCGCCACUCACAGCCACGGGAAGUGCUUCAGACUGCACUGGUGCUGCCACUUGGGCUGGUGCCACUGUAAGUAUGUGUACCAGCCCAUGACCGGUGUGUGCCAGCUGCCCAGCACGCAGGUGCCUGUGGAGCCCUCCGACAGCAGCCACACGGUGGCGCUGUCAGCCUCGCUGGCUGAGCGCUUCCUGAAGACGUCCCGCUGCUUCCUGGCCCCGCCCUGCCCUGAGCCACCCAGGUACUGCGUCAUCUCCGAGCUCUUCGUCGAUGACUACAUGGUCAAGCGCAUCAAUGGGAAGAUGUGCUAUGUGCAGCGGCCGCUGCCCUCCCCACCGGCUCCCCCAGCCACCACACCCCAGCUGCCCCCCCCGCCCAGCCAGGUGGCAUGCCUCCCCCACGCUGGGCCCAAGCAGCCUUGCCCCAAGGACAAGGUGGUGGCGCCCAAAAUGGACCACUGCUCCUCACCCUCCAGCUCGGAGGACUCUGGCAUCAAUGCGGUGGGAUUGCACUACCUGGAGUCAUGUGACGAGGACUCUGAGGAGGAAGAGGAGGAAGAGGAGGAUGACGAGCUGAGCACCGAUGGAGACUCCAGUCCCAGCAGCCUCUGGGAGCAGGAGGAGUGCUCGCUGCUGUCCCCCUCUAAAUCCUCCAUGGAGAUCAUUGAGAAAAUUGAAACCACUGUCUGACGCCACCGUGGUCACAGGGCCUUGCUUCUCUGAUGGGAUAAUUUGCAUCAAAGUGCAUUUAUGUCUUUUGCCAGCACCACUGCUUUUGCACCAACUCACAAAGCUACUACUGUGGCUACUACUACUGCACUGGGAGGAGGGCUGGCCUGGGGUUAGGGACUGUCUCCUUUACUCUGAGCCAACCCACGGUUAGGGACCGUUUCCUUUACUCGGAGCCGGUCCCUUUACACCUCUUAAUUCCACACUCCUCCUGCCCUGCAUGGAUGUUCUGACAGAGAUAUCUAGCAUGGACCUGUUUUGCAAAAAAAAUACCAUUUGAAAUAAAGAGAGGACACACCCAUGCACAUACAGUAUAUGACCAAAUAUACCAAAUGUAAACACUAGACUGUUAUAUAUUAAGAGUUUUAAGUUUAUAUAUAAAGAAGAAUAUCAUUUGUGGGCCUGAACCGUAGGAGCGCUGAAGAGAACUGCCAUUUAAAUGCAAAUGCAGGAAGCGUAGAGCUGCAUCUCUGGGGUCCCGCAGCGAGAGCAGGAGAGCCUCUGAAAGGAAGCAGUGAUUCAGCUCCAUCCCUGCAACUGCACGACAUCAUCCCCUCACUGCCUGUCAAUCACAUAGCUCGCACACUGUCAUUAAUGCACACAAGGCACAUGACAUGAAACCUCCAGCCUAUCGUGGUGUUGCAAAUUAACUUUUAACUACUUGUACAUUAUAGGAUUUUCAAAAGGUGGAAGCUGAGAGGUUUUUUAGACAAUCAGAGAAUAUAAAGCCCACAUUUCCCUGCUGGGGGCAGGACAGUCACCCUGUUUGCAGUGUCUUCGAUGGUGGAAAUGAGCGCAGCGUCCUGUCCUGUGACAGCGAGCUGAGAGCGCAGUGAUUCUGACGCACAUGCUGGAUCUGAAGGUGCAGAGCUGUGAACAGAGGAGGUGUUGCAGGGUGAGUCUGUGGCAUCAGCUGAGACAGGAAGGCAGGAAACCUCCCCAAAGCAGCGGCCCACUGAAGCUCGGAGAUAGUGAGGUCUUUCAGCAGUUUCACCCGACUGUCCUGCUGAAAGACCUCACUUUGCCAUCAGUAGCAGAGCACAAACCGUUCGGUCUUCAAGCACAGGGUCUGGCCAUUGGCUCCAGGAGAGAAUGGGGUGCAGGAUCCAGGACCAGCCCAGCACACAGGGACACACAAGGACACACAGGAGAUACCUGCCAUUCUGCACUCUCUGUGCUAACGUCCUUCUUCAGGGACAAAUUUGUAAUCAUAAACUAUACACAAAUGCAUAUAAACAUGUAUCACAUGUCAACAUUGGUUGUAUUAAAGCCACUUUUGUUAUGAACCUUAUUAUUAAUGCUCUUAUUUUCUUAUGAAUAAAUGUAAAUUAUGAAAAUGUUUUCUGUAUUUGUGAAGUAAAGGAAUUCCUACCAUGACCUCAGACCUCACCAUC